UAAAAUCUUAUACUAUAAUAUUAAAAUAUAAAAUAUAAAAAUUCCAUAAAUAUAAUAAAAUUAAUAAAAACAAUUAAAAUUUAAUAUUAAAAAAAAAAGCAAUAAAAACAAAAUAUAAAUAUAUUUUUAUAUAGUUAAAUAUAAAAAUAAUUUAAAUAAUUCAAAAAUUUGAAAAAAAAAAACCUUCAUAAACCUUAAAUGAUUCAAAACAUUCCAAAGGAAGAAGAAGAAAAAAAAGAGAUUUUGUUUUUUAAAAUUACUGCCGCGUGCGCGCGUACUUAAAGUUUUGGUUUUUUUAAUUUUAUUUAAUUUAUUUUAUUUUUAAAAAUUUAUAGUAUACUCUGUUAGUGGGUCAUAUGUUUUUUUUUUUUAUUUUAAGUAUAUAUGUCGUCUGUUAUAUAGAUUUUUAAGAUUAUUAUAAGUGGCUCUGUUAAUAUACGUGUUCCAUAUUGUCCGUAACUUUUAUACAUUUUAAUAAUUUUUGGUUUAUUUUUCGUUCUUAUGUCUGUCGCCCCUAAUCUCUAUCUACAUAGGUAUGUUUCAAAAAUAAUUCAAUUAUAAUUUUAUAUUAAUUAUUCGGGAUAGAUUCUGUAUGUCCUGUCUGUUUGUUUUUUUUUUUUUUUUUUUGGAUUUUACUCCAUUCUGCGUGUAUGUAUUUUGACAGGAGUAUUUUUUGAUUUCGAAAUCUCAUUGUUAUUUUUUUUUUUUUUGUUUAACACACACCUAAUCUCUAACACACUCUUUUACAAUCAAGAUCUUUUACCUUUUUGUUAUACAUAUUUUCCAUCGUUUCUUUUCAAUUAAUAAACACAAAACGAAUACUUCAUAAACAAGAGAUUUUUUGGAAAACCGAAAUUAUUAAGAUUAUUAGAAAUUUUUUUGAUUUUCAUUAAUUUUAAUCUCAUUAGAUUUUAUAUUAUAUUUUUUAUACUUUUACAAAUUAAAAUUCUUUAAUUUUAUUUUUAUGUGUGUUUAUUUUAUAUUGGAACUAGAUUUAAUUUUAAUAUAAUUUAAGAUAUUUUUUUAAAUUUAUUUUGAAAUGCUCUGUUAUAUUUGAUUUUUAUAUAAUUUUUUUUUAAGUUUUUUUUUUUUAAUAAUAAUUUUUUUUUUUGUUUUUUACUGCUUUGAAAAAGAGGAACGGGAUUUAUAAGAUACAAUAGUUUUUUUUCUUUUUCUAUUUUCUAAUUUAAAAGAAAAUUAAAAGGAUAACAGAACCAGGAAAUUUUUACUAGAUUAAUUUUACUGUAAAUUUUUAAGAUAAUUAUAAUUGGUUCGCCUUUUUCUCUAUCUCUGCAAUCUCUCUCUCUGUCUCUCUUCCUUUUUUCGAUUUCUUUUUAUAUAUGAACUAACUUAAAUGUGCUAGUUCAUCCGUUGUCAAAUCGUAUAUACGUUAUUAUAGUUUUUUCGAAAGUACUUACUUAUUUUAAUUUUUUUUUUUGAAAUUCUCAAUUUGGUUUUUUUUUUAAUUCAAAAUUAAUUACUUAUAUACAAUACAAAGAAAUUACAUCCAUUAUAUAAUAUAAAAAAUUUAUAAUAAUUUUUAAUAAUUAAUAAAAAAAAUUUAAAUAUUUAUUGUCGUUAAAAUUUUGUAAUUAAUUAAUUAAUAAUAAAUAUCAAAUAAAAUAUAAUUAUACGCGCACGCCCGCAUUAUGAAAAUGCAUAAAAUAAAAGGGGUUCAACGUUCCUCUUCAAAACAAAUUGUUGAUUACUGUGAUGUUGAUGGAAAUUUUCAUACUAAUAAUAAAAUAAUUGGAAAUAAAAAUCCGAGUAUUGAUAGCAGUAGUGGUAAUGACAAUUGUAAUAAUAGUAGUAGAAGUGUAAUUAAUAAUAAUUCAACACGUCGAAAUUAUAUAAGUGAAAAAGUACCUGCACGUUUAGUUUUAUAUUUCUUAUCAUGGUCCGGAUUCCUUGUAUCAUUUAUGAUGAGAAAUGAUAUAAAUUUUGCUCUCUUAGCAAUGGUUCGUACUAAUAAUACUACUUUGGUAACAGAAACAACAACAAGAAUAUCAACAUUCUCAACAACAACAAUAGAUACAGCAAUUAAUGGUGCUAAUAUAACUAAAACAAAUAGUAAUGAUUUAAAUAUUGCGGCGGAUUCGUCUUCUUCUUCUCAUUCAAUUAAAUUUCAAGAUAUUAUUAAAACUAAUAUAACAUUAAUGAAAUUGGAAAAUAUAAUUGAUAACAAUGAUGAAAAUUAUAAAAAUUUCAACAAUAAUGACAAUGUUAUAUAUAAAAAUGAUAGUAAAAAAAAUUUAAAAUAUUUGAAUUUAACAAGAAGAACCGCAGCAGCUAUUGAAUCUAAUAUAUUAAAUAAUAAUAAUAAUAGCUAUAGAAGUAAUAAUGAUAAUGACACAUAUAAUGAUAUUAAAGUCAUGUCAAAAAUAAUUGAUACAAAUGAAUAUGAAAAUUAUGGUGAAUAUGAUUGGUCAUCAACAAUAAAAGCUACUAUUUUAGGUUCAUUUUAUUGGUGCUAUGUUUUAUCGCAGGUUGUUGGUGGCGUUGCAACACAGUAUUUUGGUACGAAAAAUGUUUUUGGUUGGUCUCAAUUGGCAACUGCCAUAUGUAGUUUAUUCAUUCCAUAUGCAUCUGAUAUACAUUAUGGUGCUGUAAUAUUUUUACGUUCAAUACAAGGUUUUGCUUCUGGUUUAACAUGGCCAGCUAUGUAUGCAAUUGUUGGAUAUUGGAUACCAGAAAUUGAACGUAGUCGUUUUAUGUCUAGUUUUCAAGGUUUUAGUAUUGGAAUCGGUUUAACAUAUCCACUAUGUGGAUUUAUAAUAAAAAAUUUUGGUUGGCGUUAUGUAUUUUAUACAACUGGUACAAUUGGUUGUCUAUGGUGUGUUAUGUGGUAUUUUUUAGCAUUUAAUACACCAGAAGAACAUCCAAGAAUAACAAAAUCUGAAUUAAAUUAUAUAAGUAAAAAUAUUAAUAAUGAAAUAAAAAAUUCACAUGGAAUGAAAGUACCAUGGAUAAAUAUAUUUAAAAGUUUAUCAGCAUGGUCAAUUGGUAUAACGACAUUUGGUAGAAUAUGGGUACAUUAUCAAUUCAUAAUGUCUGGACCAAAUUAUAUGAAAAAUAUAUUAGGUUUUAGUAUACAAUCAAAUGGUUUAUUAAGUGGUUUACCAUUUUUAUUUUCAUAUAUAACAUCGGUAUCAUUUUGUUAUAUGGCUGAUUAUUUUGUAACAAAAAAUUGGAUGUCAUUAACAAAUGUACGUAAAUUAUUUACGGCAACAUCACAAAUAAUACCUGGUUUAAUGCUUUUAAUGAUUGGUUAUAUAAAUGAUAAUAUUAUAAUUGUACUUAUAAUAUGGUUUAUAGCUGUUACUUUAAUACCAGCAGCAUAUGCUGGCGCCAUGGCAAAUAUUGUUGAUAUUGCACCAAAUUUGGCUGGACCAGUUUUAGCAUUUGCUCAAACAAUACAUAUGACUGCAUCAUUUUUAUCACCUGUUAUAACAGGUUUUAUUGUUACAAAUGAGAAUUCAAUCAUGCAAUGGCGUACGGUUUUUGGUCUUUCAUUUGUGAUAGCAUUCUGUACUUAUAUUAUGUUUCAAAUUUAUGGCACAGCAACAAUUCAGUCAUGGAAUUAUCCAAAAAAUAAAUUAUCAUCAUUUGAGGAAAGGGAAUUUUUGAGUAUAUCUCAAAUUGGUGAAGAAGAACAACCAUCAAAUAAUUUAACAAUUAUUGAAGUUGAAGAUUAUGAUGAUACAACUAGUGAGAAUAAUUUUACUAUAAAUCAAAAUGAUAAUCAUAAUGAAGAUGAAGAUUGCAGUCCUAAUAAAAUUGAGGCGAUUGUUGAUUCUGAAAAAAGUGUUUUAUAUGAUAAUUAAAUAGAGAACAAUUUGUAAAUGAAAGGAAGAUUCAGAAAUUUAAAAAAACUUACACAAUAAAAGACAAAAGAUAAUAAAAAAUAGA